UUCAGAAAGGAAUAUUGAGCUGAAUGAGCACUUUACAGAUGAAUCUCACAAGAAGGAUUCAUCUGUUAUCUUCAUCUAUGGUGAUUUAUCCGAUGCAGCCUCAUCUUGUGCUGAAACUGGUGUUGAUUCUGAAGGAGGUUAAUUAUGCAGAAUGGAUUCAAAAGAGGAUACAGAGCCAUCAGCGAAUCAGCCGCAAGAUCCUGUUGCCAGUGCAGACAUUGAUGCUUCAAGUUCAUCAGCUGAAAAUGCCCAAACAGACUCGACCGUUAGUGGAGAUGCUAAAAGUAGUGAUAGAAAAGAAGAGGUUGAUGAUGGAAUAGUGGAAGAGACAUUAAAAAACAGUGAGAAUAUUAAUGCUGGUGAAGAUACACGUGACUCUCCAGAAGCUCAGCAUGAAGUAUCUGCUACAGGCGAGAGCUCCUUGAACAGUAUAGUUUCUGAUUCAUCACCUAAUACCCAUGCACCAGAAAGCAGCCUCAAGAAGCAGACAGUUCGAUUACAUAAAAAACAUUUAUAUCCCCUAUCUGUACCAUCUCGCACUGUUAUUGAUAAGAAAAUAGUUUCUACCAAAAAGAAAGCUCCAGUGAUUAUACGAAAUAUAUCGGAAAUUGUAGCCAAAGAAAGUGACAAUGAUGAUGUUGAUUCAGAAAGUCAAGUUCAUGCCAGUAGCAGGUGUGAGGAAAGCUCUCAUUCAAAAACUAUUUACAUUUCUCAGAGUCCCAAUCAUGAAGAAUUCAAAGAAAAUAAACAGUUGACAUUAGUUAGUCAUGCAGAGAAUGCAAGCACAGUUGAUAGGUCUGGUCCUUCAAAAUUUAAAGGUAAUUUUGUGAAUGAUAAUGAAUCCUAUAAAAAAGGUACUUUAACACCUAGUGUGGGAUCUUCGCAGUCCUCGCCGUAUAAUACACGUUAUGCUCAUUUGAAAAUUGGAACAAUAUUUUCUGUUUCUAAUAAAUCUAGUGGCAUAUCAAGAAAAAAAUAUGAUAAAGACAGUGUUAAAGUUGUGAAAAGUCAUGCAAAUAAGUAUUCAACUGGUUUAAGGUGUGAAAACUUGAAUGUUGUUGAAGAGAACAGUGAUAAUGGGGUUUGCUUUUUGUGUGGGAUUUCUUUUGAUGACGAUAUGGGUAUAUCGCUUAGUGUUAAAAAGCCUCUUCCAUUAAGUAAUGUUGAUGUUAUUACACUUCUUGAGAGUUUUAGCAUUUCCUGUGCAGCUGUGAAAGCUGAAAAUUUAAAUUUUGUUAAUAUAUGUAAUGUUUGUCACACUUUAAUCAUUGAAGGGGACUCUUCUUAUAAACAUUUAUUAUCAGUUGCUUCAGAAAUGAGAGAACAGUGGCCUUAUCGAGCAAUGAAAAGUAAUCCUGUUUUUUCACUCAGUAUCCCAGAUAGUACUCUUAAUCAGUUUAAUAGUCCUGAUGGUGUAUCGGAAAGAGUCGCCGCAUCAGAGAAGCAAGAGUCUAAUCAUUCAGAAUAUAGAAAGGUUAGGGGGAGAGUUGGCAGGCCACCAAAAAUAAAGGUCAAGCAGGAAGAUGAUGAUGAUAUAAACUGGAAACCUUCUCAAGUGAAAUUGGAAAGAACUACCAGCACGGGCAGACGGGGACGACCACCUAAGAGAAAGCUGAAGAGAGAGAAAAGAGGAAGACCACGUAAAGUUAUUGUCAAGGGAGAGAUUUCAGAGAAUGAAUCUUUUACUUGUGGGUUGUGUAGCGAAGAGUUUUUGGAGGAGAGUGACUGGAGUAACCAUUAUGAAAGUGUCCAUAAUACUCAGUUGAGAUGGGUUAAUUACAGGUCACAGAAAAAACUGAAAAAGUUGAUUUUAUAUAACAUUCAGGAAAGUUUCUUAAAUGAAGAUUUCACUGAGGCCACAUGCCAUGCUUGUGACAGCAAGUUCUUUGAAAGACAUGCAUUCAUUGAACACUUACGUUGUCUGCAUAAGAUGGUUAUAGACGAUGAAUUUAUUGCUGCAUUAUAUAAAUAUAGUCAGGGACAUAUAGAAAAUCCUGAGGAGUUGUUUGAUAGUGACAUAGAAAAGGAUAUCAAAGCUGCUAGUGAUGGAACCAUCAUCAAGAUAGAGAGAGAAUCUUUGGCCUUUCCAGGAAAACUUGAAAAGUCUUUGAAAUGCAAAGUUUGCCACUUGACCUUGAGUAGUGAGCAGGCACUGAAAGAGCAUACGGACACUAAUCACUUUUCUCUUGUUGUUAUUGGCAAUGAUGACAGUCGGGAGGUUGUGGUUCCUGAGGAAAAGUCAGAAGAUGGGAAAGCAGAAAUUGUGAGUGAAAAAUCUGAACCGCUUGAACUGACUUGCAAAGAUGAUGCUGAAAAUGAUGACAAUGUCUGUGAAGAGUGUGAAGAAAUAUUUGAAAGUCGCCAUCAACUGUUAGAACAUAAGCUGAAUAUUCAUGGGAGUAAUGAUGACAGAGGGCAGGAAAAGGGCUUGUUGAGAUACGAGUGUGAAGUUUGUGGUCGGAGAAUUUAUGGGCUGGCAGCUCUCAAAGUGCACAUGACAAAGGUGCAUUAUAAGACUGUGUCAAGCUUCAAGUUUAGUUGUUGGAUGUGUGUAUACAAAUCUCAGUCAAGAAGCCAGUUGGGAAAGCAUAUGAGAAUGAAACAUGGUAAGGAGAUCAUGCCCUCAGUUCAGUGUGAAACUUGUGGAAAAAUGUAUGGCUCAAGUUACAUUGCUAAACAUAUAGCUACCAUGCAUUCAACACAUACAAGAAACUUCGGGUGCAAUUUCUGUGAUAUGAAGUUUUAUGAUAUGGCUGGAUUGAAGUUUCAUAUAUAUCAUGAGCAUGCAAAUAAAGUUUGGAAGUGCAACAAGUGUCCCAUGGAAUUUAAAAAGUAUCAUCAGCUACGUCAACAUCGUAUUUUUACUCACAGUACUAAAGUACAUGCAUGUAUGGAGUGUCCAAAAACUUAUAAGAGGAAGAGUGAUUUGACAGAGCAUGUAAAGAGACUUCACCUUCAAAGAGUAGUUUUAUUGUGUCCACGUUGUCCCAAGCAGUAUGUCAAUCGCUUCAAAUUACGGAAUCACCUGAUGAAACAUCACGAUGUUCCCUGGGAAGACACUCUAGCAAGGAAUUAUGCUCGACAUCAGCGUGCAAACAAUUGUCGUAGAACAGAGGAAGGACUUUUGGAAGCUAAUAAAGAUCAGCAGCUGGAAGAAGACAUUUUUAUCCAAGAGUCCUAUGAUCAUUUUGAAAGGCAGAAGGAAAUGCAGGACGUUAGCAAUAACAGUGAAGAACAGAUAGAAGAACAAGAGUACCGCGAUCACUUCAACAGGCACAGCGAAGAACAUGAGUACCACGUUCAGUAUCGACAGAGUAACGAUGGGAUUUUGCAUCAGCAGCAGCAAAGAACUCAUCACAUAAGACCCAUAAAAAUGGAGAGAGAUGAUCAGCCUGAGGAAUAUAUUGAGAUAAUGGAAGCAACAGAUACUUUUGCCAAGGAUGGUGUAACUUAUGUAAUCAUAGAGGAGUCAUAGACAUUUCUGAUGCAGAUUUAAUGAGAUGUAAUAUACUUUCAUUCGAAUAAUUGUAAAUCUGAUACAGGUUUUUUUUUUUUUUUUUGAAAGAAAACAUUCAAGUGAACUGUAGAAAUUCAGCGACGAGUUAUCACUUUAGUUAUUUAUGUAUCAUACUUAUCCUAUAUAGUUAAGUGUAUGCAUGUCAUUUGUGGCAUUAAAUGAAAAAAUAAA